UACAUUUAUAGUGUGUGGAGAAGUUACUUGCGUUCAAUGUUAUGGAAUGGGUGAUGUCUCGAAUCUAGUGAUGUGCUCCGUUUGCGGCCAACACUAUCAUGGCAGUUGUGUGGGCUUGGCAUUAUUACCUGGGGUACGUGCUGGAUGGCAGUGCGUGUCUUGCCGUGUAUGUCAAGUCUGUCGGCAACCCGAGGAUGUUUCAAAGGUAAUGCUAUGUGAACGAUGUGACAAAGCUUAUCAUCCCGGUUGUUUGCGACCGAUUGUCACUUCUAUUCCAAAAUACGGCUGGAAGUGUAAAUGUUGUCGCGUGUGCACCGAUUGUGGUUCACGUACUCCUGGAGCUGGACUAUCUUCCAGAUGGCAUUCUCAUUAUACCGUCUGUGAUUCAUGCUAUCAGCAGCGUAACAAGGGCUUUUCUUGUCCACUCUGUAGAAAGGCAUAUAGAGCUGCGGCAUAUCGUGAAAUGGUCCAAUGUCAUGGUUGCAAGAAAUUUGUGCAUGGCACAUGCGAUCCCGAAGCGGAUCCGCUUACUUAUCAGCAGCGCAAAGAAGCGAAGCCGGAUUACGAAUAUGUUUGUCUGCAUUGUAAGAGCAUCGCCAUGGUAGCCAGACGGAAGGACAGUAUUGAUGAAGGCGAUUUAAGUCUAAGUGCUUCGCAAGAAAGUCUCGAUGGUGAAUCUUCUGAAUUAGAUUAUCCAAGUGGUUGUUCCGAAGAAGCGCUUUAUUCGGUCGGAUUAGGGAAAGGGAAACCGUUCUGUGCUACAAAGAUUGCAAAGAAAAGAUUGGGGAUUAGCGGCGGAGUUAUCGGUAGGCCCAAAGGUAUUGGAAAACUGGGAUAUCAAAAGAGGCAAAAGAUGACAGAAUUUGGAAGAAAGAGAGGACCCAAGGGAAAAAUGAGAGGAUUUUAUGGAGUACCAGAAGUGGGUUUGCAGAGUCCGAAUCCAGAUUCAUCCCAAUCGAAGGAAGAAGAACAGCUUGGGGGUGAGAACAGAUUGAUCUUGUGCUCGGCCAAAGAUAAAUUUGUUCUUACACAAGAUAUUUGUGUGAUGUGUGGCUCGAUUGGUAUGGAUCAAGAAGGUUGUUUGAUUGCAUGUGUACAAUGCGGUCAGUGUUAUCACCCAUAUUGCGCUGGCGUUAAGAUCACUAAGGUCAUUUUGCAAAAGGGCUGGCGAUGUCUCGAUUGUACUGUUUGUGAAGGCUGUGGUGAACGAAAUGAUGAAGCUCGCUUGAUUCUUUGUGACGACUGCGAUAUCAGCUAUCACAUUUAUUGUAUGGAUCCGCCUUUAGAUUAUGUGCCGCACGGUACAUGGAAGUGCAAAUGGUGUGCGCAAUGUCAGACUUGUGGUUCUAACGAUCCCGGUUUUAAUUCAUCCUGGCAAAAAAGUUAUACUCAAUGCGGACCCUGUGCUUCUCACACCGCUUGCGUAGUUUGCCAAGAAGCUUAUCAGGAGGGUGAUCUCAUCAUUCAAUGCGUACAAUGCGAAAGAUGGCUUCACUGCGGUUGUGAUUCAAUUAAAAGCGAAUCUGAUGCCGAACGCUGUGCCGAGGAGGGUUACGUUUGUCUUCUUUGUCGUCCUAGAGAUGUUCUCCCUCCUCACCUUCUCUCUAAACCUUCCUCGAAAUUCACUCGGUCAUCUUCUCCACCUCAAAAUCGAAAUACAGAAUUAUUUAAAACUUCCUCGCAACAAUAUAUAAUGGAAGGAGUAUAUCUUUCUGAAGUAGGGAUGAAUCAUAUCAAAUCUUUAACCGCAGAACAUCAGCAAACAAGAAAAAAGAAAAGAAAACAACCUCAAAUGGUGGAUAAAGAAGCAGAUAUAAUGGCGACUAUUGAAUCUGUCGUUGCUGGAGGAAGUUUAGACAAUUCUUUAGAGGAAAAUAACAAAUUGGAAUUGAUGGAUGUCAAAGAUGAACCAGAAACAGUGCUGAAAGAAGGUAUGGUAUGGAACCAACCUCCUCCAGAAGGCUUUAGCAUUUGCACUUCAGAAAAUGGACUUCCUGUUUUACGAAGAAAACGUCAAAGAAAUCUGCAAAAAUUAGGUAUUGGAGGAUUUAGUGUAAGAUUGAGAACUAGAAAAGACAAAGAAGAAGAAGGAGAUGCUGAAAAACCUGGAGAAUCUUCAAUCAUAGGAAUGGGAGACGAUAAACCCCGAAGGAAACCUCAGAGAAGAAAGCCAAAACCAAAACUGGCGGAAUAUUUUCCUAUUUAUAUGCAAGAAGCGUUUUUUGGCAAGAAUUUAAUGGAUACAACGAAAGAAAAAGAUCUUGAAAGCAGCAGCGAAUCUGAGGAAGAACAUAAAGUCCCUGAAAAUGCCAAUACAAUUCAGUUAUCUCAAGAUGAAUUGAAGGUAAUGGAACAAGUCAAAGCAAAGCAAGAAAAAGACGAUGAAAAGAUUGCUCCUGAGCAAAUCAAAAGAGAAGAAAUCGUGGAAGAUGAUGGAAGUGAUACUGAAGCACUUGGAGAUAUUUUACCUAUUUCCGGGGAUUUAUUGGAUAGCGAUUUAGUAAAUACAAUAAUGAAUGAAAACGAUGAGGACUUAGCUAAAGCGAGCGAAGCACUGGACGAAUUGGAUGAUGCUCAAGGUGGAAGUAAAGAUGAACUGACGGAUAUCUUAAGUCCACAUUUUAAUUUGGAGUCAAUGGUCAGAGACACUGGUUUACCUAAUAUGGAUAGUAAAGAUAUCGAGGAAAUAUUUAAAGGCGUUCUGACUGAUGAAUCUCAAGAGUCUCAGGAAUCAUCGGUAUUCUCUGUCCAAGCUCAGACUUCGCAUCCUUCAUCAUCUACUACUCCUCUAGUGUCACCCUCUCCUCAUCCUGGUAUUCAAACAGCAAUAUUAGCAAGACCUCAAGUACCUGGUGCUCUACCUUCGGUUGGCCAAUCAAACUUAAAUUCUCCAAUGAGUUUUCCACCACCUUCACCAUACCAUUCUGAAUAUAGCAAUAGUCCACAGUUUAGUCCAGCAUUUUCGGAGCCUCCUAGUCCAUGGGUGAAUCCCGAAGAUGAAGGAAAUGCUCCAAUAGGCAAUGUUACCAUUUCAUACAACCAAAAAAGCAAUCUAAAGUUGGAAGCUGAUGAAGCAUUGGGUACUGCAGCGACAAUAUCCUCGGUUCUCUAUGCUAAUAUUAAUCAUCCUGAAUGGAAAACUGAUUUUCCAGUAUGGGCCGAGAGAUGUAAACAAAUUCUGAAGAAAUGGCGAGCACUUCCAACUGAUAAGAAAGCUCCAUAUUUGACUCAGGCUCGAGACAAUCGUGCUGCGGUUCGCAUGAAAAAAACACAACAGCUCUCCAAGGAGACACCACCAAGCACCACCAACACUAUCAUCACAACCAAUAUAACCACCACCAAUACCACCACCAUCAAUAUGAAUACCACUACUACUACCACCACCGCCAUGACUACCAUCAUCACCAAACCCGCCGCUAUGACGGCUCAGCAACAACAGCAGCAGGGAGUGGGUUUGAGGCCCAUAGAGAAGCAAUCAGGAAUGUUGAUGACCAGUGGAAUGACGUCAACCGGCAACAAUCAGCAUCAGGAGGUGUGUGGGGUGCAGGGAACCCCGCCCAGCCCCUCCCUCUCCCCUGAAGCUCCUAGAAACCAACAGUCAUCCGUCUUGCAAUCUUGCACAACACCGGCUUCUUCGUCCUCUUUGUCUUCUUCUGCGUCUUCUUCCUCUUCUUUUUCUCAUUGCAAUAAUUCGGGUGAAGGGCAGCAACCCCUCCAGCAACGUCCACCCCCGAUUGUCGUUAAUAGCGGCAGCGGGAAUAGUAGUAUAGAUCAGCAUCAAAUCCGAGUACUUACUCCGUCCGAGAUCAUGCGCACCCUUCCGUCCCUCAGCCAGGAGCACUACGAUCCCCCACCUCCGCCACCACCACCCACUGCAAUUGUUCACACUGUGCCUCCCGUACAGAACCAUCACCACCACCACCACCACCAUCACCACCACCACCCGAAUAACAUCAUGGAACAGGAUAGACUAUCAAACAGAGAUCGAUCUACUAGAGAAGCUGAGCAGGAAAGGCAAUGGAAACAAUUGCAAGCAUUACGUCAACAACAAGCACAAUUGCAGCAGCAAGUCAUCCAUGAACAACGCGUACAUGCAAUUGCUAGAGUACAUAGACAAAUCAGUGAAGAAAAUGCACCUCAACUAAAUAGUGAUACUGCACCCGUAUUAACGACACAAUUACAAGUUUCCACAGCCCAAGACGCGAGUCAACUAACUUCCUUAGCCUCUCCUUCUCGCAGUACUUUCGCUACACCCUCACUCAAAGCCCCUCGUAGUCUCACACCUCAGUCACCUCAUCAUCAAACUAUGAUACGUCUGCCUGUGCAAGCACCUUGUCGAGUAAUACGUCCGGGCUUUCCUCAACCACCAUCUCCCUUCUCACCGCAAGCGCCUCAGUCACCUCAUGAUUUUCCACAGUCCCCGGCUUCCUCUCAACCUUCUCAGGAGUCACAUUUCCAACGCUUCGAAGGUAAUGUAUCAACUCCUGCAUCCCCCUAUUCAUCACCACAAACGCCAGGUACACCCCGCACUCCCGUGUUUAAUCCUCCACGACCUCCCGUAUAUGCUCCUCCUCCUCCUCCUCCCCCUCCUCCUCCUCCUCCUCCUCCUCCACCUGCAACAUCGCGAACUCCUGAUCCUUACAGCCAGCCACCUGUCACUCCCACAUCCGCUCCUGCCGCAUCUGGCUAUCCAUCACCUAGGGGUUCUGAAACUCCUCGAACAUCUCAGGAACAAGAAGUGGCUUUUGUACAACAACCGGAAGUCAAUAGGCAAUUGAGAGACUUACUGCAAAGACAACAAUUUAGUAAGAAAAUUGAAGGAGUAGGUGCCAAUUGGGUUCAAGAUGGACAGAAUAAUACGGAGAACAAUCAGCAACAGUUUGAAGCCAGUCAUGUGCAGCUUCAGCAACAACACUCUCAAGUACAAAACAAUUCUAGUGAAGGCACUUUUAGACAUCCACUUCCACCAGGCAUUGUUAGGCCCAGAAUGCCUAUUCAACCGAAUGUCUUAAUAAGAAAUUCCAUUGGAAUAAACUCGCGACAUCCUGUAGCAGGAAAUAUUCAAAAUCCGAUUGAUCAUCGUACUAGGACGUUACUGCAGAAUAGACCCCCAGUAGCUACUAAUGUACCUGCUCAACAGCAUUUUCAAGCAACUCAAAAUCUCCAAAUACGAAUGCCAGCAACGAGAAAUGCCAUUUCCGAAUCUUAUGAUAUUUUGCAACAACAGAGAUUUACAGACGUGAAUCAGACGCAGAAUCAGCGUGUCGCACGAACAGCACAGGACAAUUUAAAUCAAGGUAUUCGUAUGAAUAUAACUCCAGGGAUGGUGCGAGCACCACUCGUUCCCACAACAAUGAGCGAGACCGUGGGAGUGGUUACUUCAGAAGCAUCUGAGAUCCCCGACAAUGUAACAGCUGAAUUGGAAAAGCUAGAGCAGGAAGGAGCCGGUCCAAUGGUUGAAGUCGAAGGAGUCAGUGCAAUAUUGGGAGAUUUGGCAGAUGAUGAUGACGAACUGCUUGCUGAAAUGGGAGCGGACUUCAACAUUCUGGAAUAUGCGGACCCUGAAUUGGACACGAUCGCAGGUGGGGAGAAAACUAAUAUUCUUGAUCUGGAUCUCGAGCAAGUUGAAGUUGAUCCCAAAGACGAUAAACAAAAAAAAGAAACUAGAGACGAAGAACAGAAAUCAGAAUUAACUGGUCCAACCUCUGAUAUUACUGAUUCCUGCUCGACGAGCACGAGUUUGACUCUGACAGAAAAUUCCAACGUGUCGACAAUAACAUCACCACAGGCGACAUCACAGACGACAUCGCAGGCAAUGCAGGCGCAAGUAGUGCAACAACAAAUGCAUCAGCAAGUACAACAAGCGGCAGCGAUGGGUCGGCCAAUACCUCCCGGUACAAGGUUGCUUUCACCAGAUGGAGCAGUUGGAGUAGUAACUUCCACAAACACAGUAACUGUGAGCUAUCCAUCGAAUUUUUCCGGACAUCCGCAGAGAUUUUCGCAGGCACAUAUACAAGUCUCGCAACAGCAACGGCUGGGCAUGCGAGUAGCCGCAGGAAUACCAAAUAUGGCUGGCAGAGUGGUUGCUGUAAAUCAUAUGAUUGGUCCACGGAUGCCGUUGGCUCCGCCACCACCACCACCGCCACCACCACCCCCUUAUCCAGGGCCACCACCGCCAUAUCCUGGACCGAUACAGAUGGGACUGUGCCCGGGUGGUGGUGGUGGGGGGGGGCGAGGUAUGACGCGGCCCUCAGUUCAUAUGACGGGGCACCAGGUACCGGUGGCGGGUCCGCCAAUGGGACCUGUAGUGCCGCACCCUCACCGAAGACCUUUGCUUCUGCAGCAGUCGUGUUCACAGGAGCAGCCAUUAUUGCUGGAGGAGCUGUUAGAGCAGGAGAAACGACAGCAGCAGCAGCAGCAGCAGCAGCAGCAGCAACAGACCGAAAAUGUCACUGGAGGAAGUCUUUUGAGUGACAGCGAUUUUGAAAAAUUCAAAGCUGAUGUUUUGGGUACUACGUCACCUCCUCAGGGUAUGGUGCCUGUAAUAAGACCACCUUGUACAGCGAGAUCACCUUCCACAUCUAACACCAACUGGCAGCAAAGUGGCAUAGCUACUGAUGGAGUGCUAAAGCUAGCAGCGGCGCAAGUGGGAUCGAGACAACCAAUUGCCACACAGACUCCACCCGAACCAAGAGUGGCUAUGUUUAACAUUCCUCAAAAACCGGCACCACCGACUCCACCAGAAAAUAUUGCUAAUGAGCAAGAUCGGCAAAUUCAUGCGAAUUAUGAGCAAUGGCUUAAUAAUCAGCAUCAAAUAUUAACGCAACAAUUAAAAUAUUAUGAGGCAGAGGUUCAAAAACUUCGGAAAAUAAGAAAGUCUCUCAAUAGUAAGCAACGUCAGCUUCGUAAAUCUGGUAACGAACUGACAGAGACCGAUGCUGCUGAACUACAACGGAUUUCUUCCGAGCAAGCUAUUCUUCAGAAACAUUUAGAAACUUCUCGUAAGCAACAGCGUCAACACAGCGUAUUGGUUCAAGAGUAUCAUAACAAACAACAACAACAACGACAAACUCAACCCCAACCAAAUGAACCUUGUUCUCCAUUGAUGUCACCUUCUCAGCAUUCUCCGAUGCAUUCUCCAGCAGCGUUGGUUUCUCAGAGUCCUGGUCCUAGCAUGAUUCAACAUUCACCAGCAACUCCAUCAAUUGUUCAACAUAGUCCAGGCACACCGCUGCUUCAACAUAGUCCAGGCAACCCUCAAUCGUCUAAUCCAGGUACAAUGUCACCGCAUAAUGUUCAGCAACAAUCGCCAAGAAUUGGCACUCCUCAUUCUCAAGGUGAUGAAAGUCCAUUCAGUCCUGGGCCAAUGCCUUCUCCGGGUCUAUGCAAUCCCAACACUACACGAAUGACUUCACCACAACAUAGAGCCAUUAUUGGCGGAAGAUUGGCAACUUCUCCUGGUGCUUUUACGCCGGAGACGCGAAAUCAACAGUUGAUAGUUGAUCAGGGUGUGAGAGUUCACAGUUUAACUCAGAGAUUUGUUAGACCACCAGAAGGGGCGCAGAGGAGAGGAGGUAUCGUUUACAAUCCACAGUCAGGACAGCAGCAGUUACUAAAUCAACAACAGCAUCAGCUGUUACAGAGGCAGCAAAUUAUUCAGCAACAGCAUGAAGGCGUUUCUCAGGAUCAAAGUCAAAAUACUAUUGUUCGGGGGACAUUGCAGCGGCAGCAAGUUUUCCAACAACAACAACAACAACAACAACAACAUGAAGGUGUUUCUCGACAACAAAUUCUUCAACAGAAUGAUAUUUCUCAGGAUGGACAGAAUCUUAUUACUCAAAGAAAUUUACAAAUGGUUCAACAAAGACAAAUUCUUCAACAGCAACAGACUGAUAUCAUUUCUCAAGAAGGACAGAAUGUUGUCGUUCAAAGAAAUUUACAAACGAGCCGGCAACAAAUUAUUCAGCAGCAGCAACAAGAAGGUCUUUCUCAGGAUGGACAAAAUGUCGUUACUCAAAGAUCGUUGCAAAUAACUCAGCAACGACAGCAAAUUCUUCAACAACAACAAAUUCUUCAGCAACAACAAACUGAAGAUGUUUCUCAGGAAGGACAGAGUUCUAUUAAUCAAAGAUCGUUGCAAGUAGUUUCACAACAGCAACGACAACAAAUUCUUCAGCAGCAGCAACAACAGAAUGAUAUUAUUCCUCAAGAAAGUCAUAAUGUCGUUGCUGCUCAAAGAAACUUACAGAUGGUGCAGCAGCGACAACAAAUUCUUCAGCAACAACAACAAAUUCUUCGACAACAACAUGAAGUUAUUUCUCAAAGUAUUUCUCAAGAAGAACAAAUUCCUCAAAAUUCUAUUCCUAGAACGCUACAAAUGAUUCAACAACGGCAGCAGAUUCUUCAACAACAACAGCAGCAACAAGAAGGUACUUCUCAAGAUGGGCAAAAUAUUACUGUUCAAAGACAUUUGCAAAUAGCGCAACAACGACAGCAGCAUGAAAGUGUUUCACAGAAUAUUUCUCAAGAAAUUGGACAAAAUGUUCAAAGAUCAAUACAAAUGGCACAGCAGCGUCAAAUCCUUCAACAACACCAGCAACAUGAAAGUAUUUCUCAAGAUGGGCAGAAUACUGUUGCUCAAAGAAAUUUACAAAUAGCUCAACAACGUCAACAGCAAAUUCUUCAUCAACAGCAUCAACAUGAAGAUGUUUCUCAAGAUGGCGCUAUUACUCAAAGAUCAUUACAACUGGCCCAACAACGACCACAAAUUUUACAGCAACAACAUGAAGGUGUUUCUCAAUCUGUUCCUCAAGAAGGACAAAGUGCUAUUACUCAAAGACCUUUGCAGAUGGUUCAACGACAACAGAUUCUUCAUCAACAGCAACAUGAGGUUAUUUCUCAAGAAGGACAGACUUCUAUUGUUCAAAGAUCACUUCAAAUGGCUCAGCAACGUCAACAAAUUCUUCAUCAACAACAUGAAGGUGUUUCUCAGGGUAUUUCUCAAGAAGGGCAGAAUUCUAUUGGUCCAAGAUCACUCCAAAUGGCUCAGCAACGACAGCAUAUUCUCCAGCAACAACAGCAAAGACAAUUCUUGCAAAUGCAACAACAGCAGCAGAAACCGCCUAACUCGCCGAUGGUGUCUCAGUCAUCAAAUUCCCCCAGUCCACAGCUUCAUCAGCAACUUCAACAAAAUUAUGGUCAACCUCCAAAUUCACCUAUGGUGCAACAGACAACGAUGGGUUCUCCGAUGCUUCAACAACAAUUAAAUCCGGCUUCACAACCUCCUAGUCCAAUGAACAGGAUUUCACCGAUGCUUCAUGGUAGCCAUCAUCAUUCUUCAACAACUACUCAACCACCCAGCUCUCCUAUGAUGCCUAGAAGUCCUAUGGUAGCUGGAUCUCCUAUGCAAAUGCAGCGAAGACAGUCUACUGGGAAUAGUCCUGCUAUGCCAGACAGACCCCAAAGUGUGGAAAAUCCUGGAACUCCAAGAACACCUCAUACACCUCAUACACCUCAUAAUUUUGUCCAACAAAAUACUAAUUUAACUGUAACUGCAAGUGAUCAGCAACAAAUUUCUCAGCAAAUUCCUCAACAAGUUUCUCAGGAACAAACUUCUUUAUCAGAUAAUCUUUCUAGAGGUGGAGGAAACUCCAAUAAUCCCUUAAAUCCCAUUCCUUUUCUUGAUUUUGCGAAGACUGGAUAUUUUAAAUUAGGAUUAAAGGGUGGUUCAUCAGAUGAUCAGGACCAGAUUCGUCAACAAAUUUCUCAAGUUCUUUUACCAGAAAAUUCUACUAAAAAUGAGAAAAAUAAUAAUAAAUCUAUAAAACCAAUACGAUUUCCUAAUUUUGGACGAUUUGGAUGGUUCAAGUUGGGUUUAAGAGGAGGAUCGCCAAUGUGGUCAAGCAAAGCUGAUAGCAGUAAAGGUGGUAAAGGAUCGGAAACAUCUCAAACGAAAAGAGAUCAGUCUACAGAAGAGAAAGCAAAUACUUCCAUGAAUCGGAAAACUGCUAGAAUCAGCUCAUUAGUCUGUGUCGAUUAUAAUGACUUCGAUGAUGAUUCUCAUACGCCGCCACAAGCUUCUCCCACAACUUUAGAGAUAAAAUCAACUGGUCAAGGCUCUUCAUUGACCUCUUCAACUUUAGAUAAUGGAUCUUUAACUUUAGAAAGUCCCGGAGAAAAAUUGGAACAACUUCCAGAUACGACAGAUUAUGAUGAUGACAAAACUAUAGUUAAUACUGAAGUGACUUUGAGUUCCACAGCUCAACGAGACAGUGAUGAUAUUACCGUGAUUGAACAGUUCGGUGACUCAGAACUAGUUGAUGUUAUUUCAGGAACUUUAGAAGGUGAUAUGCAAGAAGAAUAUGUUUUAUUCGAACCUGGAAUGGUGGUGGAUCUUUCUGCUGAUAGUAACGAUUCUCUUUGUCAUGCUUUAGUAAAUGAUGCUGGUCAAGGUCAUGACUUAGUGCAGAUUUUAGAGAUUGAUAAUUCUGAAUCACAAUCAGAAGAACCUAUUUUGAGUGACGAAGAUUUAGUCCCGUCUCAUUCAAGAAAUAAAAAGGGUCUUAGACUCGAUAUAGUGAGGGCCUUUCAGUCUGGAAAAAAGCUAGUCGCUGUAACUGAUACUCCUGAAUCACCAGAUCAAGAAGAACUUCGAGUUGAUCCUUCUCCAGGUCCUUAUUUAGAUCAGUCUCCUGAUCAAGAACUUAUGGUAUCUUUAGUAAGUGAUUCUGAAGUGGUUAUUAUCGAUCCUACAACGAAAUCGCCUGAAGACAAUCUUUCUAAGGGUUCUUGCGAUGAAGAGAUUGAAAAAACUGAUAAUAAUAUACAAACUGAUGUUUCUAAAGAAAAUACAUUUAAUGAAGGCUCGAUAGAUGAUCAAACCAAAUCUUCAAAACAAAACAAGAGUCCUACAAAUUUUAUCUUUUCAGAUAAAUCGUAUACCAAAACACCAACUUCAACUAUAUACCCAACUAAUAUUAAUGUAACAGUCUCAAAAUCGUUGGUUUCUUUAAUAAAUACUACAAUUUCUUCAAAUUUAAUUUCCAAUUUAGUUUCUACUAGCUCUAAUUCUCAACUAACUCAGGUUUCAAUUCAACCAAUUGUGACAGAAACUAAAAUGGUAGAUCAGUUUGACUUAAAAGAAGUUUCCUCGAGUUGUUCUACCAAUCAGAAAGGUAUUACAUUGUCAACGAUGGCGAGCAUUGUGGCAGAUGCAAAAAUUGCUGCGAAACUUAGUCAAACUGCUCUGGAGAAAAUAUCCAAUUCUCAGCAAGAUAAAGUGAAUCCGAAAAUCAUCUCUGCUAAUGAAAUACCGAAAAUAUUAUUCUCAGAGAAGCCUUUGACAACUUUUUCGAGUUUAUCAAAUACAGAAUCUCUGAAUAAUCCCACGAAAUUAAUAUUAAGUGUACAAUCAACUUCUGUGACACUCUCGACUCCGAAAAUGUCAAUUCCAGAUUUGUCGAAAAAAGAUACUAUCUCAAAGAGCAAAGAAAAACUAACAGAAAAUCAAGAAAAUGAAAUGAAAGAAGAGAAAAAGAUCCAGGAUAAAAUUAUAGAUGAAAAUAAUUCCUUGAAUACAUCAUCAAAUAUUUUUUCAGAAUCGAUUGAAGAGAAGAAAACUGAUCCAUUAAAUACUACGGAUGAACUGGAGAGUAUGUUAGAAGCUAUUCAUAAUCCUGCAGAAAAUGUUGAAAAUAAGAAUGAUAUUCCAACGACGACUCUGAAAAGAAUGUCACCUGUUACCGAUGAUUUGUCGCUCGUCAACAUUUUGGAAAAUGAUACUGAACCGGUGGAAAAUGAUAAAGAACAAAUUUCUUCAGAUUCUGAUAUGCAAAAAGUAACAAAUAAAUCAGAAGAAAUCCAAAAAAACAUUGAAGAGAUUAAUGACAAGAACACAAAUAAAAAAAAUCAUCAGGAAGAACAAUGUACGGAAAUGGAAACUUCCAAACCAUUUCUUCAACAUUGUUUAAGUGAAGAAAAGGCAUUAAUAGAGGAAUCAUCUGAUGAUAUUUUAGAUAUAUUACAAAAUAUUAUUUCAUCAAAACCGGAAAUGGCAAACAGUAGCGAGUCGAAUAUUAUUUAUCAAAUGCCAACUCCGUUAGAUACUUUGCCUUUAAAUAUUCUUCAAGACUCUUUAAUGGAUUUAGAGCAAGAAAAUCUUGAAAAUGAUCAAAUUUCUUCAACUGAACCUAAAAAUGAAGUAAAAUGUCAAAAUGCUGAAGUAAAAAAGAGUUCUCCAGCAAUGAGUCAAGCUUCCACUUUGAUAGUUAAUACCGUGGCACAAUUGCAAAAAAGCACAACAACAGUUCCUCAUUUAUCACCACUUUCGAAGCCAACAGAAUUGACUUCUAAUGUAGCUAACGUAUCCCAUCAACUGAGAACAUUGCUAUCAUCUUUACAAAGCAAUCAAACAACAGUGAAUCAAACCGGAGUGGUCACCAUGGUUUCUUCAGUGAAAUCUGGAAGUGUUUUAUCUACCUCUAGUCCCUUGUCGACAUUGAAUUCAUCAAAUAAUGUUCAGAGUGGAGUUUCGACUUUGACAAGAUUAGAUCAAGGUCGUUUUCAACCUAAUCUGAUCAGCAAUAUUUUGAAAGAUACAGAAAUGGUUAUAAAAGAGAAAAAAGAAUUGAAGGAAUGUAGCGGAGUUAUUACUACAGGUUCAAAAGUUAAUAAUAGCGAGCAGAUCUUCAGGAUGACUUCUUCAGCAACAACUUUUCAGACUACUACAGUUUCUAAUCUUUCAAGUACUUCUUCGGCUGCAGGUACUUCUAGAAGCAUUACAACUUCGAUCUCCAUCACUUCAAAUGCCAUGUUGAAUGCCAUGUUGGCUGGGACUACUUCCUUAAAAUCUUCAAUUGCUGGUCAUGGCCGAAGUAACACAAUACCGACUCAAUCUGCAGUCAAUCUUUUGAGUUCUGUUUUACCAUCGACUUCAAUACAACGCUCGCAAAAUCUUCAAGCAAUCCUUCAAGCCAGUUCAGGCUGUUCUACACCCUCUCGAGUACUGGUAAAUACUAGUUCAGCCGUAACUAGCUCAAUGCAAUGUAUUAGAACUAUUGUGCCACCUUUGGCAACUUCUAGUGGUGUUUCAAGUACGUCCAGUAUUCUUCAAUCGACUUUAUCGCAAGCUCCAAGUCCUCUUUUGAUCUCUAAUCAAAAUCAAUUUAAAUCUUCUGGUCUUCUACCAAUAGAAAAAAAUAACGAUCUUGAAAAUCAAUCUACAACAGUAAAAAAAGAUCCUGAAGAGUCCAAAAUCCAAGAAAAGAGAGAAAUAGAUCCCAGUAAAAGUUCUUCUAAUUCUUUAAGAUUAGAGGAUUCUCAAAAUGUAUUACUGAAGCAACUAUUGCAAAAUACGGCAUGUCCUACGACUUCAGGAUCAUCACAAGGACCCAGUCUGCCAAUAGUUCCUUCGCUGGAAGCGCAACUGGCUCGGCCAGUCUUACCUACGCCACCUUCUUUGCUUCCUCAGUUACUGAACGAAACCUCAACACCGAAACCAGUAAUAAAACAAGUUCUUGCAAGGGAAACUUCUUUUUUAUCGCAUUCAGUAACGCCCUUAAAGAUUCAAAGUUCACCAACUAAAGAGGAAUCUACGAAACCUCCUCUUCCAUUACCUAGUUCGAUUGCGACACAAAGAGCACAAACUGAAAACUUAAAACAGCAAACAACAAAGUUAGUUCCUACUCCUUCAGCAAGUUCUUCGGGAAAUUCUAUAUCAAAUCAACCAGUUUCUUCAACAAUAACAACGACAAAAACGUCUCCUAAUAUUUCUACGAAUUUGCAAGAAACUUCUGUAAGUCAAAGCAAACUGAAUACUGGCAUGAGCGGAGAAGGGCUUCAACCCCAACAACGCGUUACUGUUUCUAAACAGCGACCAGUAACUCUAAUAACCUCCUGUUGUGCAGAAGCCAACAGUGGCACAACAACAAGUUCCUUCUUCUUCGACUACUCCCGUUCAACAACAAUCUGUUCAGCAACAAGUGCCUCAUAG